AUGUCCUCGCAGGAGCACAAGCAUCAACAAACGACCAUCUCAACAACGUCAAUCGAAGCACCACCAGACCGGACUCUUACAGCCAAGCAUCUCCGCCGCUAUAAAACCGGCUACUUCCUCUCAACACUCAGUCUUGGACCCGCCUUCGCAGGAUUCGGCACCUAUGUGACAUUCCAACUCCAAACCAUCGCAUAUGUUAUCGGUCAUGAGCUGGGAGCUGCUAGAGGGACUGGUUGCCCGCCCACUGCUCCAGCCUGCCUUGUGACGUUCGGCAGCCAAGAAGUCAACCUCACAUCUUACUUACUCUACCUCAAUGCUCUCUGCUUUGCCAUAAGUGGCGCACUGGUCUUGGUCGUUUCGGGGAUCGGAGACAGGUUCAGCUUCCAGCGCGAGCAGUAUGUCCUUAUGCUGGUCAUCUACGGCGCCUUGUGUCUGCCUGUUGCUGGUCUAAAGGCGAUGACGGAGAAGACGUUCACCACGUUUGCUGUGCUGUACGUCCUCUCCAAUGUCGUCGGCUUUGUCGCAUCGGCUUGGUCGAACAUCUUCGUACCUUAUGCGAUGCAGGAGACUCCUUCUGUCAACGCAAGCGAAGGCGGAGAAGCGACGUCUGAAAUACCGCCAGGACCACCGAAUGCAGGACAGCUGGACGAUCACCACCAUACACUGGGGAAGCACAGUCGACGCCAAAAAGAGCAAAGCGGCCUUUCCAUGAGCGCCUGGGGCUGGAACGGUCUAAAUGUCGGCCAGCUGACCAUAUAUGUCAUUGUCUUUGGCCUGACCUAUGUCAACUCGCUCUACGUCGGCCUGUACACCACGACGACCGCCGGCGCUCUUUGCAUAGUUCUGGUAUUAGCAUCAUGGCAAUUAUUGCCGUCGCCGGUUCGGCAGCAUGAUAAUGCUCCAACGACCAUGGCUGGCUGGCUGGGCCUCCCCUUCCAAGCUUUGCGGACGCUGUAUCAGGGGCUCCUUGUAUAUCGCGAGGCAUUCAAGUACCUCAUCGCUUUCACAAUUUACAACGACACCCUUUUUGCCUUUACGACGGUGAGUGGACAGCUCUUCAACCUCAGUAUCCGGCCUAGUCUGCGUGAGUUCACGGCUUAUACUCUGGGUGGCCCGGUAGUAGGGAUGGUGUGUGCGACACUGCUGCUCUUUGGGUACUCGCCUCUCCUCAAAUAUGGCAAGGUGACACUACGACAUUGGACGAUCAUCAGCUAUGCAGUUUUCACUUUCGCUACCGUCUGGUCUUGCAUCGGCGUCUCUUCAGCAGCCAAGAUCGGGCUGAAGCAUCGAUGGGAAUUCUACUUCAUACAAGUGCUUGUCCAGAUCUCCUUCAGCGUCUCGAACGUUGCUUUUCGAGUGCUGUUGCCGCAGAUGUUUCCAAGGGGUAACGAAGUGCAGUACUUUGGCUUCCAGCAAGCGAUUUCGCUGGCUACGGUGUGGAUCCCGCAGGUCGUUAAUGCUCCGGUUGUUGAUGCGACUAACAAUCUGCGAGUUCCGGCUAUUGUGAGUGCCGUUUUUGGCCUGAUAGCAGUGGGCCUCGCCGUCUGGACGGAUGAGGAGGCGGGGAUGAAACAGGUGAAGGCGAAUGGGCAGGCAUCGGCGAUGGGUUAG